AUGAGUUACUGCAGUUUAUCUGGCAGGAUUGUUAAUGAAAUGUUUGUGGAAUGUAGUGUUAUGAAUGCAGUGUUGGAUGUCAACAUGCUCAAUCUGCAGGGCAACAACCUUUCAGAUGUUGAUGUUAUUUUAAAGCCUGAUGUAUACAUUUAUGUGAAGAAAGCUAAGUGUGCAUUUGAUUUAUUUCAAUUGCUAAUAGCACCUGGCAUUUUGAAGCCAACAGACAUUUCAGUUUUGUUUGAAACAAUUGAACUAACUGGAUUGAAAUAUUUGAAAGAAAUAAUCAAGAGAUAUGAGACAUAUCCUGAUGAAGUGAAGAUCACUCGAUUUUCACCACAUCGUCAACAGGUUGUUGCUCUGGGAAAAGACUUUUCAGUUAAAGAUCUCCAGAAGGUUAGUCAGUUAUGCGAAGGCAAUUUUUCUAGUCCAUGGAAACUGAUUCAACAUCUUGAAGAUACAUCUGUUUUAACAGAAAAUAGCAUGUCAUCAUUUCUUCAACGUUUGAAGGAUAAUAAAGUAAAUGAAGAUUUUAAUCAACUGCUUGUGACAGUAUCUGAUGCAAUCGGCGUGAAAGGUGAAAAGUAUGUAGACAUGUUGAGGGUUCUGUACAAAGAGCAUGCAGAGAUAAAAACAGAAUUGGAGGAUGCUAAAUCCGCAUUUGAUUUAUUUCAAAUUCUAAGUGUCGCUGACAUUUUAAAAGCAACAGACAUUUCCAUUUUAUUUGAAACGAUUGAAGUAACUGGAUUAAAGUAUUUGAAGGAGAUAAUUAAGACGUAUGACACAUAUCCAGAUGAAGUGAAGAUAACUCGAUUUUCAGCACAUCGUCAACAGGUUGUUGCUCUGGGAAAAGACUUCUCUACCAUAGAUAUUCAAAGGAUUAGUUGGAAGUAUGAAGUUCCAGAUGACUUCUGUUCUAAUCCAUGGAAAUUAAUAACAUUUCUUGAAAGUAAUGGUAUCAUUUCCAAAGAUAACUUGUCAUCGUUUCUCAUUAAUUUGAAAAGAGUUGGUAAUGAAAAACCAACAAUAUCAAAAUUAGACAAAAAUAAGUCAGGACAAUCAGAACAACCUCAAAGGUUAAGGGCAGAUGAAGGUAAUGAAAAAGCAUCAACAUCAAAAAGACAAAAAUUAGACAAAGGUAUUGGAGAAGCAUCAAUAUCGAAACGACUGAAGUUAGACGAAG